AUGGAAGCUCCGAAUUACGAAACAGUAAGAUCUGACGACGAAUUCAUAAAUAAUGCUGAACCAACAAGAAUACAAAACCUUUAUGAAGUUACUAUUAAAUCAGGAAAUGAGGUUAAGGACACUGAAAAAGCUAAUAAAACUCAACAUAGAAAAGUUAUGUCUAAAGAUGCUACCAAGUGGUAUAAAAAUACUAAAGCCGUUUUGACUGCCUUCAAAUCAAAUUUUUUGUUGAUUUUUUUACCUCCCGCAAUUAUUUUGAAGAAUUUUCACGUCAAUGAGGGUUUAGUGUUUGUCUUUAAUUUUUUGGCAAUUAUUCCGUUAGCCAAAAUUAUGACUGCAUAUGGCGUAGUUCUACAUGCCUGCGCUGGAAACUUUGUCGAGCUGGUUAUUUUAGGUUACGCUUUAAUGGAUAGAAAUUAUUCCAUUGUCCGUUCAUCUUUACUUGGCGCUAUUUUGUGUAAUAUAUUGUUGAUUCUUGGUGUAGUCUUUCUGGCUGGUUCAUGGCCAAGGGUUCAUCGUGAUUCAAUGCAUGCUCAUUUGAACACACAGUUAUGGGUAGCAACUAGUGCUUCAACACUCGCUCUCGCUGUUCUUGCUCUCGUAACUCCUGCUGCAUUCAAGAUUGCUGCUCCUACCGGUACUGGUAUUGAAUGUGACAUUCAAAAUAUCAGCCAUUCUACUGCUAUUGUUUUAUUACUCGUAUACUUUGGUCUAUUGAUAUUUCAGCUGAAGACUCACGCUCAUGAAGCUUUUGACACUGAAGAAUAUAUUCAAAAAACAGCUAAAUAUUUCAUUAUAUUUGAUGUGCUUUUAAUUCUCUUGGCAGGUUUUGGUAUUACUGUAUGUUCAAGAUACCUUGUGACAAGUAUUGAACAUUUAGCUCACAACUUUAGACUUGGCACCGGUUUUAUUGGGAUGGUCCUUAUCCCUCUUUGUGUUGUUUCUAACUUUAUGGAGCACUAUGAUGCCAUCAAAGUAGCUUCUAAAGAUAAGGUCGAUACAGCUGUUAGUUUGGUCCUCAAUACUUCCGUGCAAAUUGCUCUUUUAAUUGCUCCUGCACUUGUUCUUUUCGGUUGGGCAAUUUCUAGGCCAUUAACUUUGGAUUUCAACGUAUUGGAAGUCAGUGUGUUAGCUUGUGCUAUGUCUUAUGUUAUGGUUGCUGUUGUGUUCUUCUAUCUUCCUGAGAUACCUGAUCUUCCUGAAAAUGCAAAUUGUAACCCUUGGAGCCGAAACCUUCCUCCAGAAGGUUCUACAAUAAAUAUUGAAGAUAUU